GCCCGCCCGCCCGCAGGUGAGGAGGAGGCCGGGCCGCGCUGAGGACUCGUUUCAUCAUGACCUCUUUUGAAGAAGCUGAAACUGAAGAAACGGUAACAUGUCUCCACAUGACCUUUUACCACCCUUGUCAAGAGGACAAGAUGAUGUUUCGUUGCUUGAAUUUUUGUAAGCGAGAACAGGUCAGGGCAGAUGAAAUGGCCAAGUUUGGCCGGGAUUCUAAUGUCUGCCAUUAUAACUUCAUGGAUGCUCGUGUUUCUCGAAUUCAGUUCUCCUUGCAGUUUUACAGGAAACUGAACAGCACAGAACUUUGUUUUGAGAUAAAGAACAUGAGUAAGAAGACAAAACUGAUAGUGGACCAAACAGAACUGGGUUACUUAAACAAAAUCGACCUGCCAUGGAAAUGCAUCAUUUGUUUUGGGGACUACCAGAUUUUAGCAGAGACUCAAGAAGGGGAGUCCAUGGAUUAUUUUGAGACUCACUUACACUUGGCUCAAGCGCCCAUCUUACAAGAAAGAUGCCUGCCAUCACUGCAACCUGUACCAGAGAAUGGCAUUUCUUCUUCUAUGUUUCCUUCCCAAAGCAAAAGCCCCAUAGAAAUUGAUGAAAACGAGUCAUGCUAGUGGAAAGAAAGAGGCUGGACCAGAUUGUCAUCCUCUGAAGCCUGCACAGCUUCCAAAACUGAAGGCUGUCAUCUCAGUCCACUGUUCAGGACAAUUCUCACCACUGCACAUCAGUCUUCUUAAGUGCUGCUUUCAGCAUAGGCAUAGUAGAACAUAACAGGUUCCUGUCACUGUCUUCCCCAAGACAUAUCUGCUCUCCGAUCACCACCGUUUGCCACAAAUGUAUGGGAGACAUAGAAGGCCACUCAAAUCUGUGACAGCAGACUCAGUUGGAAAACUGUGACCGCAUGCCUCGAAGGUGUAUUUAGCAGGCACUAAGACAAAGCACGCAGAACAGUGUUUCAGUGAUUAGCUAAGUAGGGACACAAUGUCUCACUGCAUUUGUUAUACUUGGUGCUUUCGCUUUUGACACAAAAUUCCAAACAGUAUUUUCAAGCCUAGAUGUAACUCCCCAGAUUCUGCAACUUAGAAACACUUUGUCAGCAUAGUCCUUUUAAGUUAAUGUUUUUAUGAUCUUUGCAGCA